CGAUCAUUGAGCUGCAAAAUGAGAUAUGGGACCUUCAGAAAAAGGCUGGCGAUGAGACCACUAGUGGCCGUAUAAAAGCGUUGCAAAACAGAGUGGAUGGCCUUAUGACUGAAAUAGACGACACAGACGGCAAUAACACAAAACUGGUCCUGAAAAUCAUAACCCUGCAGAGUCAGGUGGAGCAGCUGAAGAGACAGUUGUCUCAGGCCACUCAGGCUACCCUCCCAGAGCUCAGAAGUGAUCUUGAGACGACAAGGAAAGAGCUGCAGAAAUAUGUCAACGAGCUGAAUGAGAAGAAUCAGACAAAUGCCAGGCUGAUUCUUACAGUCACUGGUCUGCACAAGCAACUCGGAAACCUAGAAAACGAACGACGCAAUGAUAACACAACGUCUUCUUUAACAAUUACUCACCUGAGGGAGCAACUCAAGGCAAACAUGGAGGAGCACUCUCAUGAUCAAGCUAAGAUCAAGGCUCUUCAGGCUCUGCUGCAAGCCGAAGAAAGGGAACAAGCCAUUGCUCAGGCUGAGGUCAGAGAGCUAAAGAGAAAGCUGAGAUUAAAGAGUGAAGAAUGCACUGGACUUGAGGAAAGAUAUAGAGAGGUAAAGACUGAAUUUGAACAGAAGAUUGCAGAGUUGAACAGAACCGCAGACUCCAAAGCGGCACUCAUUCUGACCAUGAUAAACCUGCAUGAUGAGCUGAAUACUCUGAGGGAACUGAUCUCCACCAGCGGUGACCCGGAGAGGAUCGCAGAGCUGCAGAGGCAACUGGAGGAGAAGCAAGAAGACCUGAACUCCAAGACUGCAGACAUAGAGAGACUGAUUCCAAGUCCUAAAAUAAGUGAGCGCUUUCAGUCGAUCCUCUAUGUUGAUCUGAGUCACUGUUUACAUCUUAAGCAAGUAAGCAAGUAA